AUGUCUUCCACUUCUACCAAAAAGAUUGUGAGAACGUAUUCGCGACAAUCGAAACGACCGCUUUACGAUGAAGAGCCGCCUACUAAGCGCAGACGCGUCGAAGAUGAAAGAGUCGAAUCUACGACCUUGUCGAAGUCUAUACCAAGAUCGCCCGUAAAGCCCUCGCCACCUACACGAAUAAGUUCUACGCCUCUCAGCUCCAGUCCACAACGCUCGCUCCCCACUUUCUCGGACACGCCGACCCGAUCAUCCCCUCCAUCGUCGCCAGCGCUGAGAAGCUCCCCUCCACCGGACCUGAAGCGGCGACCUGUUUUCUCGUUGUUCAAGCGCAAGCUCAAACACAGCGUUUCUGCGCCAGAGGUCCUUUCGGAACAGAGUGACAAUGCGCAGACUCGGCCAAACCCACCACCAGGAAAGAAGAAGCGCAUGGUGCAGAUGCAGCUGGACCUGGUAGGACAACACCGUAAAGCCUGCAAAACGUGUGGCAUGGAAUACAUACCGUCGAACGCCGAAGACGUGGCCUUGCACCGGAAGUUCCAUGCAAUGAACUUUGGAGGCGUCGAUUGUACAAAGGUCAUGGUUGCGCGCCUGCGACAGAAGCAGAUAUGGAGCGGGGGAGAGGCAAGUUUCAUAGCUGUUGUUGGGCGUCGAGAUGCUCUUGCGCUGCGCAACAAGGCUAGUGAUGUGCUGAAGGUUGUCAAUGCCGAGCUUGCGGCGGUGCCUAUUGCAGACGAGGAGCUCUGGAGUCAGACUUUGCUGUCUCCAAGCGCAGAAUCAUCGACUGCAGACGCCCCAGCACCCGAGAAGUGCGACAGGUUCAAGGCGUACCUCUACAUCCAGGGUCAAAAGUGCGUAGCAGCAUGUCUGGCGGAGAGGAUACAGGAAGCGUAUACCGUAUUGGCGCAAGACAAGGUGUCACAACAACCUACACAGACUGCUGUUGAACUUCAGAGCUCGUCCAUCUCUAUCAGCACAUCAGCAGAGACGGCGCUUCUUGGUAUUUCGAGGAUAUGGGUCUCGGCCCAGUUCCGGAAGCAGGGGCUCGCGCGGCGGCUGCUCGACUGUACGCGGAAUGAUUUCAUGUACGGACUGAAGAUUGAAAAGCGUCUCACUGCUUUCAGUCAGCCAACGGAGAGCGGCGGGAGGCUCGGGCGGAAGUACUUUGGUUGUGAAGCUGGAUGGCAUGUGUACAUGGAUUGA